AUGACGUGCAGAAUCACGGGCUUAGUGGGAAUGCACCUAUCUUCCUUGGAUCGGUACUUGAUCAUGGAGACGUGUGGACAGAUUUUUUCACCUGCUUUGGUAGAAGAGUUAGAGACUUUGGGGCCACCAGAACUUGACGGAGCGGCAUCUGGAGUCGUCAUCAGCAAGCAGCUUCAACUCCCUGGGGGACAAUACAGACUCUGUUGGUGCUCUGGUGAGCAUUUUUCUUGCAGUUCUCAAGAGAGUUUUCGAAUUGAUGUCGGAGAUCUCACAGUGAUUGGAAUUGCUCCCCUUGCUCAGCAUCGGACGUGUCUGAGUGGCCGCAGCUGCUUCCUGAAAGAGAUCACGGGCACUGGCCUGAGCUCCGAUGAUGUGCUCUUUGCCCUUGAAACCUGUGGGCAAGACAACGCCAGCCUGGCACGGUUCCCAUUGUCAGGCAAGACCAGUCUGGAGGAGCAAACUUCGAAAGGAACUUCCCACACCUUUGGUCACUUCGAAAGGAUCAGUGCAGCUGGAGGUAUCUACCGGCUCUGUUGGUGUCACCGAAUGGAUGUCGAUGUCUCAGACGGUGUCUGUGCUCCACGUGAUGCGGUGAUUGACAUUGGAAGCUUGACGCUGAUCGGCCCAACAUCUUCGCAUGCUCAUCGGACCUGCAUCAGUGGGGCGACCUGCAGCUUUCCGGACUUCCACCAGGAAGAGGAUGGAGUCGACUCUACUGAGCUCUUUGUCAUGGAGACCUGCGGAGUGGUGGAGUCACUGGUGUUGGGCUUUGGCACGGAAGCCACCAGUCGUUUCAGUGAUCUUCAGGUGAUUUCUGCUGCCGGUGGGCGAUAUCAGUUGUGUUGGUGCGGGGAAGUGGCCAGUCGCUCGAGCGACUGCAUCGCAGCCGAUGCCGAGGUCACCUUUGGCCACGUGACGUUGAUUGGACUGAGCCCCUUGACGCAAGACCGCACGUGCGUGUCAGGUCAGACGUGCAGCUUUGAACUCUCUGCUUUCGCUGGAGACUGGGACGACUCAUCGUCCGUCGACGUACUGGGCAGUCGGGUGCUGAUCUUGGAGACCUGUGGCCUGGCUUCCCUGCAGGAAGGAUUGCAAGCCAACUCUUGGCCACUAGACGGUGCGAGCACGAGCGGUGCGCGUGCCACUCAAAUCUUUCAAUCCAAUGCCUUGAUGCCCGCGGGCAACUUCCGAAUUUGCUGGUGCUCGGCUUGGUCGAGCCCCUGCGCAAGCGCCUCCGAUUUUGCCAUGGAUGUUGGACAGCUGACUCUCAUCGGUCCGUUUCCCUCCUGGCAAGAUGCCACCUGUGUGAGCGGUCAACGUUGCGUGGGUGAACUCCGGGGUGUUGGACUCUCCGCCGUGUUGGACUCUGACGACACUUUGGUCGUGAUGGACACCUGUGGAUUCGAUGGACAGCGACGGCAGAUGCAGCUGCAACGCACGCCGCAGGUUGCCCUGGCACCUUCACAUGUUCAGUGGCAGCUGGAUGGUUGGUUGCUGGGUGGAACCUAUCGUUUGUGCUGGUGUGGUCACGGAUUGGGCUGUUCGAACAGCGACUUCUUGGAUGUGGGCGCUUUGACCAUGAUAGGCCCUUCACCCGAUCAGCAUCGCACCUGCAACAGUGGAGAGAUUUGUUCCUUCCAGCAACUCACUGGACAUGCCUUGCAGGCGGCAGAUCUUGUAGCCCUCAUGGACACCUGUGGUGUUUCAAUGGGCCAUCGCUUUCCAGAACUUGGACAGUUCUUGAGCUCACAUGGACACGAGUCCUUAGGACCAACGAGCCUUUCUGCAGCUGGGGGUAGAUAUCGAUUGUGCUGGUGUUCAAGUCUCUAUCUGUCCAGCUGUAGUACCAUGGAGGGCUUUAACGUGGAUGCUGGAGAGCUUUUGGUCCUUGGUCCUCGGCCUUUAACGAAGGACAUGACAUGUGUCAGUGGACAGAGUUGCACUCUGCUAGAUUUGACGAGCAGUGAGAUGCUGCCCAGCUCCACUAUCUCAGGCAUCGCGGCAUUGAACACAUGUGGAGUGCCAGAUCCAGAACACCAAGCAUCCCACGCAUUCCCCUUGCUGAGACCGAGUGACAGCAGUGGCACACGCCUUACAUGGGAUGUUCAAGUCCCAGGGCAGUACCGACUUUGCUGGUGUUCAAGUGAAGAUAGUGAAGGAUGCCGGGUCAUUGAGAGUUUCCAAGUUGACAUCGGUGCUCUCACAGUGCUUGGUCCUUAUCCCCUACAGGUUACAUGCAUGUCAGGCCAGCUGUGCAUGGCAGAGAUAUUUGGUUUGGGCUUGAAGGAUGAUGAUGACAUUUUUGUUUUGGACACGUGCUCUGAAACUGAAACUGAGAAGCCAGGCUUCCUUCACUCCAAGCUGCACAAGGCCGAGGGAUUUCUUCCCGAAGCGCCUGAAGCGCCAGUCGUGUGGGAACUGCUCACUUGGAACACCAUCACAGCCCUUGGCGGUGAAUACAGGCUUUGUUGGUGUCCGAGAUCAUCAGCGUGCAUCGAAUCUGGAGCGGACCGUUGGAACUUUGGAUCCUUGACAGUGAUCGGGCCAAGUGGGCAGAAGACACAACAUACGUGUGUCAGUGGGCAGACUUGUGAGCUUGAUGCCAUUCCAGGUCAAUACUUGGCGAAGGUCUCCAAGGUGACGAUUCUUGAGACAUUCGGAGUGGUCUCUGUGGACCACUCGUAUGAGGAGCGUUGGAAUUGGACUGGACGUUUGGUUGCUCCAGAGACACUCGUUGGUGCCGGUGGAAUGAUCGUUUGGGAUGAGAAGUUGAAGGGUCCCGGAGGUCACGGUCUAAGUGGAUCGGAUGCGAUUCUGCUGCUGGAGACCUGUGGCGUGGAGACCUCGAUCGAUCGAUUCACUUUUGGUGGAGCAGAUGUCUCAAGCUCCGGUGCCCGGAGCUCCUGGGAACGUCAAAUCGUGGCAGGUCCCACGUUCUUGGCCAAUGAGCCGGAAAGUCGCAAUCAUUCUGCCGAGCGCAGGAUCUUGGAGUGGGAAUUCAUUAGCUCCGCUGGUGGGGAAUACAGGCUUUGCUGGUACUCUGCGCUAUGUGAAGGUGCUUCCGAAGGUUCAGCUUCCUGCUACUCCAGCGGAAAUGGUCGAGGGAGCCUUGUGGAUUUGGUGGAUUUUGGCAGACUUCAGCUUCUGGGUCCAGCGAGCUUGUCACUGGAGCGCACAUGUAUGAGUGGCCAGUCCUGCCAUCUUGGAACCAUCACAGGUCUUGGUUUAUCAGAUGCUGAUCGUAUUUUGGUCAUGGAGACUUGUGGGGCCUCCAGUACCAUUCCGAACCUUCCGGCAGAUGGGGUGAUCCUUCUCACGACUCGCUACUCCAACUGGAGCGCCAGCCCCUCGGGGCUGGCCAUGCUGAAUACAGCUCCGUGGACGGACCCUGUGACUGCCGCUGCCGGCCGAUACCGCAUGUGUUGGUGCUCCAGCUUGGGGGACUGUGAGACCGGGGAUGAUGUGCCGCGCGUGGUGGACAUAGGGCUGUUCAUGCUGAUUGGCCCAACACCCUUGUCCCAAGACAGGACUUGCUUCAGUGGGCAGCUGUGCAACUUCGAGGUGAAUGGAAUCGGAAUGGAUUUGGGAAGCAGUCUUUUGAUGCUCUUGCACACCUGUGGCUCUACAUCUUUGGUCACGGACUUUGAGACCGGCCACGAGCUUUCGCCUUUCUCCUUGAAUCAAACUCAUUUCGAGGUGCGCCUGUUGCGGAAGAGCGCGGUUGAAAUCCCCAGUGGCGGCUAUCGGUUGUGCUGGUGUGCUGGGGAGCCUUUUGGAUGCACUUCGUCCAUCGACUUCAAGACGGACAUCGGGUCUCUGCACGUGGUCGGCCCAGUCAGGAUGCAAGAAAGAACAUGUAUCAGUGGCCAGACCUGCACAAUUCGCGACAUCAUGGGAGUGCAACUAGGUGAUGCCAUAAGUCUUCUCGAUACGUGUGGUGAGGAAAGUGUCAUUCCGCGCUUUCCAAGCUUUGGGCACGUCCAACGAAAUGCUGGCACAGCCACGGUGAGCUUUCCGGUGGUUUCUGCCGCGGGCGGAAGCUAUCAGCUUUGCUGGUGCCCCAAGGACUUCCACUGCGAAGUUGCCGAGGACUUCCGGGUGCCUUUGGGGCAGCUGUUGCUCCUUGGACCUUCGCCUUUGACACAAGCACGAACUUGCGUGAGUGGAAGCACUUGCAGCGUGGAGCCUCUGGAGGGUUCGGAUGUGGUCUACAUUCUCGAGACCUGUGGUGUGAGCCGCAGUGCGCAAGAAGAAGGCGCUUUGCAGUGGACGGUGGAUGUCGGUGAAAUGUUCAUCAUAGGUCCCUUCUCACUUCGAUCUCAGCAUCGGACCUGCGUCACUGGAAAAUCCUGCACAGUUGCUGGCAUCAGCGGCACGCUUUCCGCAGCAGACCACCUGCUGGUCUUCGAGACAUGUUCUGAAUCAUUGGUUUCGGGCUUUUCCAAUCCAGUCUCUGUAGCAACAGAAGGCUGGUUGACUGUGACCUGGCCAAACGUCACUGCUUUGCCCGGACAAUAUCGUUUGUGCUGGUGUGCUGAAGAUCCCGUCCUGCAAUUGGCCAAUGCAUCAGCCUGCAAUUUGCUCUCGUCCUUUCGCAUUGAUAUCGGAGAAUUAUCGAUGACGGGCGUUUAUGGCCAAGAUCGCGGAUUUCUCAGCACGUCUUGCGGGGCUUUGGAAGAAUUUCACACUGACUUUGGACAACUGAGCAUCAUUGGCCCAACAACACCUGUGCAACAGACCUGCGUGUCAGGACAUACCUGCAUCAUCGAUGCCCCGACUGGCUACCUGUUGUCGGCCUCAGAUAGCUUCCAAGUUCUGGAAACCUGUGGAGUUCCAGGUUUCAUUCCGGGGUUUCCAUCUGUUCCGGAAGUGGUUUCAACAAGAGGCUCGCUUUCCCUGGCUUGGGAUUCCACAACUAUCACUGCAUAUGGUGGGCAAUAUCGCAUUUGUUGGUGUGCCAGUGGAAUGACCUGCAGCCAAGCAGAGGCCUUUCAAGUGGACGCCGGCCAGUUGGUCUUAAUAGGUCCUCGACCCCUGAUACAAGGUCGCACAUGUGUUGGAAUGCCCUGCAACAUCACUGGUUUGAGUGGUAUUCAUUUGGCCUCCACUGAUUUGGUGAUGCUGCUGGACACCUGUGGCUUACCAGCUUUUCGUUCGGAUCCAGGAGGCUUUUCGGGCACCGCCGUGGCGGUCACCUUCUCGGGGCAGGGCGCUCAGAUUGAGGCGAGCUCGAGUAGUCCCAGCGAUCACUUGAAGGGUGGAUUUUACCGGCUUUGUUGGUGCGCAGGUGGAAUCGCCACAGAUCCGUGCGCCUCGCAUGCGAACUUCCAAACGGAUUUUGGAGAGGUCUAUGUGGUUGGCAGCAGUCCAUUUGACCAGCACAGAACAUGCGUCAGCGGACAAACCUGUGCGUGGUCCGGAAUUAAUCUUUUGCCCGGAUCUUUGACAGGACAGCAGUUGAUUCUCUUGGAUACAUGUGCUCUGAAUGGAGCGCGCGCUUUACUUCCCAAUGGCGCCAUUGUGCCUCAUGUGCAGAUCGAAGAGUCCGUUGGCCUGGCUCAGCUUCAGGCCUCUUGGGGCAGCGAUCGAUUGUCAGGCGCCGGUGGAACGUAUCGUGCGUGCUGGUGUGAUUCCAACUGCCCCAUUGCAGAGGGCCACUUCUUUCUGGACGUGGCCACGAUUAGCAUCCUGGGGCCCAAUCCACUUCUACAGUUUGAUUUCAUGGACACUGACUUUGAGGUUCUCACCAUCAGUGGUGGCGAGUAUCGGCUGUGCUGGUGCGCAGCUGGCUUUGAGUGCUCCGGGGCAGACGAUUUUGUCAUCGACGUCGGAACCUUCACGGUGGUUGGUAUCCAAUGUUUCGAAGCCGGGUGCGUUGCCGAUCGGACUUGCGUCAGUGGCCAGCCUUGCAAUGUUGAUGGGAUACAAGGUGUACACCUAGGCCCUCUGGAUACCAUUGCCAUUCUUGACACAUGUGGGACGGCCACCAUUCCACACUUAACUGGACACUGGAACGAUGCUCCCCAUGCUGUGCGCUCGGUGGCUUGGAACACGGACUAUUUGACCGUUGGCGGAGGAAUUUACAAACUCUGCUGGUGUGCAGGCUUGUUGGAAUGUUCGCAGUCCGAGCAUUUUCGAGUAGAGGCCGGCAGCUUGACCGUGGUGGGCCCCGCCCCAAAAGAACAGCAUCGAACUUGCAUUGGCGGGCAGCAGUGUGUGAUCGAAGGCUUUGUUGUAGAAAGCCCCACCACGACAGAUCUUGCCAUGGUCUUGCAAACCUGCGGAAGUGUGGGUGGGUCGAUCUCUUCAACUGUGGCGACUCUGGGUGCCAGCGGAAGCCGUGUGGACUUUGGCAAUGCCUUUGCCUCUGCAUCUGGAGGGACAUACCGAAGCAAUACCACGGCUUGGUCUACUGUCGAAAGGUCUUGGUGCACCAGAGGUGAAGACUUUCGUGUGGAUGUUGGAACCUUUACGGUGAUUGGGCCUGAAACGUCGCAACGAUUCACCUGCCUUGCGGGGAUGCCCUGUGAGCUGCUGGUCUUGGGAGUGGGCCUUGCAAGCAGUGAUGAAUACAUGAUUUUGGAGACCUGUGGCAUCAACUCGAGGAUCAAAGACCAUCGCAUUGUGAGGACUUGCGUCAGUGGGGAAAGGUGUCGAUUGCCAGAGAUGGAAAGCCAAGAUCUAGAAGGCAGCGAGCUGGUGAUCUUAGAUACCUGUGGUGUGGCAAGUCAAGUGUUGCAUUUGCCAGCCCUUUCCUUCGAUCUGGGUGCCAAUGGAAGUCUUGGAAGCAUCGGCCUUGGGAGCAUCACUGCAGCAGGAGGCGAAUAUCGAAUUUGUUGGUGUGGCUCAAUGGGCGUGAGUGUGACCAACAGUUGCCAGGACGCGGAGCACUUUCGCAUCGAUGUCGGUACUUUGAUGCUGCUGGGGCCAGCUUUACAACAAGAUAGGACCUGCGUGUCGGGGCAGACUUGUUCGAUGUACAUCACAGGUCAUGGAUUGCAGUCUCGUCCUGGGAGCUUUGCAGUUCUGGAGACCUGCGGCGUGGGUGUCGAAUGGAACCCUUUCGCCGGAAGGUCCGUGCUGAGCUCCGCCACGAGCCCUGUCGAUGCCUCCACGCUGCGAUGGACGGCAUCCUCUCGACUGAUGCUUCCUGGAGGUGACUAUCGGCUGUGCUGGUGUCCAUAUAUCUCCAACAAUUCUGACGCCGAGUCGGUUUGCUUGGCGGAAGACUUUGCAACAGAUGUAGGUCGCUUUGAACUCAUUGGCCUCUCCCCACUUCAACAGGACCGGACUUGCAUCAGUGGGCAAAGAUGCUCUUUCCAGUUCCAAGGGAAUCAUCUCUCCGAGAACGAUACCCUUCUGGUGGCAGAGACCUGUGGCACAGUGGAAGUCAUGCGACGCUUUGCCGAGAAUGCUGGCAUGGCGCAGUCCGUGACGCGCUCCGGAGCCCAUGUUUCCUUCGGGCCUGUGACGGCUGCAGGUGGCCAGUUUCAGCUUUGUUGGUGCUCGGGCUCCUUGGGGAAGGUCUGCAAUGAAGACUUCAGCAUGACGGACCGUACCUGUAUCAGUGGCAAUACCUGCACUCUGGAAAACCUGACCUUUCACUUGUCAACUCCUGGUGAUACGCUUCUUGUCCUCGAGACCUGUGGAGUCUCCCACUUGCCGCAGGGCUUGCCACAGGGUCCCUUCCUGACCUCUUCCUUCUUGUCGACUUAUUCGGUGGGCUUUCAAGAUGUAGAUGGUGAUGGUCUUACGUACUGCGGUGGUGAUAUUUGCUAUCAGGAUCCUGCCAAGAUCUAUCCCGAAAUUUGUGGCUGUGGAGUUCCUGACGUGGACACUGACAAUGAUGGAACCCUAGAUUGCUUGGAUUGGUGCCCCUUCGACAGCAACAAGACCAUGCCAGGUCAUUGUGGCUGUGGCACGUCUGAGGACGACACCGACGGCGAUGGAGUUCUGGAUUGCGAGGACCGAUGCCCUUUGGACCCCAGCAAAACCAAUCCGGAGUUAUGUGGCUGUGGUGUGUCGGAUGUCGAUUCUGACAUCGAUGGGACUCCAGAUUGUUAUGACAAUUGUCCCAGUCAACCGGACAGCAUUGCUGGAGUGUGUCAAUGCGCUUUGGCCUUUGCGGACGACGAUGGCGAUGGCACGGCCAAUUGCAACGACCUGUGUCCCUUGGAUCCCUUGAAAUUGGCUCCGGGACCAGGAGGCUGCGGUACGCCCAACACUGACACCGAUGGGGACGGCACGGUGGACUACCUGGAUUUCUGCGAGAACGAUGCCGGCAAAGUGUUGCCAGGUGAGUGUGGUUGCAAUGUACCUGAUACCGAUUCGGAUGGUGAUGGUGUCCCAGACUGUGUCGAUGCUUGUCCUUUGGAUGGUGGAAAGAAUCUCAGUGGCAUUUGCGGCUGCGGCACCUCGGAUGAGGAUGCCGAUGGAAACUACAAGGCUGACUGCUUACCCUUUUGUCCUCCGGAGCUGGACACUGAGACGGUCUUUCUCUCACGAGCUGGCUUGGGAAGCACACGGCUUUCGGUGGCGGGUGGACAGUAUCGUUUGUGUUGGUGUGCCGGCAAGGAGCUUCAAGUGAAUGAUACAAACAGCACCAAUGCUUCUCGCUAUAGCUCUUGUUCCUUCCCUUCUGAGUACCAGGUUGAUCUGGGAGGGCUGCUGAUUCUAGGGGUUGCUCCCUUGCAGCAGAGCUGGACCUGUGUGACUGGCCUGUCAUGCAUUAUGCGAGACAUCACAGGCUAUGGCCUUUCGUCCGUGGACAGCUACGCCAUUCUGGAUACAUGCGGUGUAGCUUCCAAGCCAUAUGUCGCAGAGUUUUCCAGCCUCGAUGCCUUCCGGAACUCCUCGAGUGAAGCAGUAGCAGCCAGCAAUGAGCGGUGGCUUUCAGAAAAUGAGAUUGUAUAUGGUGGGCAGUACAGGCUCUGCUGGUGCGCAGAUUGGACUUAUCAUAAUUCAACUUACAGUCACUGUCAUCAGGGUCGAGAUUACCGUGUGGACUUUGGCACUUUGCAGAUGCUUGGCCCGAAGUUCUCAAGUGUUGGAUGGACUUGUGUGUCUGGACAGACCUGUGUCGCUGCCAUUGAGACCACUUUCUCCUUGAUGAACUCGUCGCUGCAAGAGCUGGACUUUCUCGUGAUGAUUCACGAGGAGACGUGCGGUUCGGAGGAAGCACUCUUCCAGUUGGCCCGGCCCAUCACUCCGCUUGAAACGGGGGGAACCACUUUGAGGGCACAAUGGGAUGAAGCUUUGUUGGUGGCAGGUUUGUGUUGGUGUGCUGCUCGCAACAACUCCUGCAUCUUGGAUCACUUUCGUGUGGAUUUAGGUCUCUACCGUCUUUGCUGGUGCUCCUCGGGGUAUCAUUGCAGUAUCGGUGAGCACUUCCGAACGGACUUUGGAACAUUGACGAUCGUUGGGCCAAGCCUGACACAAGACCGGACCUGCAUUGCUGGCAUGACCUGCAGGACAGCAGAAGACUAUCGUGUUGAUGUUGGUGGCCUCUUCCUCAUCGGAGCCACUCCAAUCUACAAUGGCUUCACUUGCAUCAGUGGGCUGCGAUGCGAAUUGGAUGAGGACUUUUUGAUCAUCUUAGACACGUGUGGUGCAGGGAAAGCUAUUGGACCUGCUCCAAAGCUGUUGGGCAACAACAGUGAACAUGCCAGCUGGGACGUCGAAGAAAUGCUGGUCUUACCUGGAGGAAGCUAUAAAUUGUGUUGGUGCAGUGCUUUUGCGGAGCCCAGUGGUUCUUGCGUCUCCGCGGAGGAUUUCUUGAUUGAGGUGGGAGACCUGCAAGUCCUUGGCCCUGCUUUGGUGCCACAAGACAGGACCUGUGUCAGUGGCCUCACGUGUUUAUUCUCUCUUUCCAUGUAUGGAACCCUUGCAGCAGACAGUCUCGCUCUAAUGGACACCUGUGGAGUGUCAUUGGACAAUCUCUUGGAGACCUUUUCGCCCUCCGUGUCGGUCACCUCCUUCCCGGGCAACGGCUUCAACGCAUGGUCCGCAGAGGUCAAGAUCGGAUCCUGGGCCGCGCCGGGUGUUGGCAUGGAAGAUUACAGCUUUGAUCGGUUGCUUGCCAUUCCCUCAAGCGGUCUUUGUGGAAAUCUUGAAGAAGAGAGGUAUGGGUUCUCCUUCCAAAACGGUAGCCAGGUCUUCAAGGAGCCUGGAGGCACUUAUCGCAUUUGCUGGUGUGCAGGGGCUGGAGACUUUUGCAUGGAGCAUCCAGUGCAGGUUGGCUCGCUGACCAUCCUGGGCCCCCAGCCACUCGAACAGUAUCGGACCUGCAUCUCAGGAUAUAGCUGCGAGAUGGACCGAAUUCAAGGCAACAUGAUGGACGAAAUCCAAGGUUCAAUCCUCAUCAUGGAGACGUGUGGAGUCAUAACGCACAGUUUUCAGGUACCUCAUUUCGAUCAAAACUUGACCAUCAAGCCCACCUUGGGCGGUGGAUAUUAUCGACUCUGUUGGUGUGGAGACGAGUUGGCGUUGGCAAAUACGAGCUCGACGACUGUGCUUAACACUUCCUUGACGGGGUGUCAAUGGCCUGAUGACUUCCUGCUGGACGUCGGGGGUUCCCAGCACUUCAAACUACACUUGGACUGA